AUUACAAGGGGGAAUACUGAAGAAAGUAAUUUAUAUCAUGGGGGGAAUAACACCUUGCUGAGAAUAGCAAGGACCUCUUCCUAGAAUAGAUCUGUGCGCAUAAACGGAAACCCCUAGCGAUCCAGCUGUGGAAGUGGUAAUUACUUGGAUGAUCAUUCUAUGCAUUCUACGCGACUGCCUAAUCAUCGAGGGAGGGUUCGUUCAUAGGGGCUGUUGCUUUGUACAAUCCCCAAUCCAUGGUGCCAUCUUUACAGAUUGACAAAACGGUUGGGACAGUGUCAACGGGAGCUACGAGCUUUCUAUCGGGGUCGUUCAGUUUCUUCCCCAACACUUCUGUCCAUUAUUGAAGUUUCUUCCUGAACGGGCUUUGAAACACUUACUGCUGGUUGUACGCCAGACGAGCACAGCUUGUUAGUGAUUGAACAAUCGCACUGCUCGUGACUUCACAUUCGGACAACUUGCCUUUGUUUCUUCUCCCCGAUUCUUUUGGAUAUCUUUGGAACACUUUGGUUUUAACACACCCUCCACGAUGGGGAAAAGACGGUAUAUUUUCGGGAUACUGACUGUUGCAUUUCUUGUGGCAUCAACCCUUGUUAUUACUGCGGAGGGCGAAUCGGAUGAAAGAGGGAAUAAUGCCGGUCAAAGUCCAUCUGCCUCAGGCUCUGGAAAGGGAGGAACCGGAGGUGGUGUUGGAGGCGGUGGAGUUAUACCUGGUGUGAGUGCCGGUGCAGGUGGAGGGACUGGAGGGACUGGAGGUGGUAAUAGACCAGGUUCAUUCCCUGGAUCCGGAGGUGGUGGUGGUACAGGAUUCGCAGGAGGACCCGGAGGUGGAGCAAGGGGGGCUGGUGGACGUGGAACAGGCACUGCUGGAGUACCUGGAGGUGGUACAAGAGGUGGUGGAAGAGGAACUGGCGUCGGAAUCCUUCCUGAUAUACAGGUUAUUGAUCCUAUGAACCCUGCCAUAGGAACAGGUUCCGGCUCACGGUAUCCAGGCUACAACCCACGAUCAACAUACCCAGGACAAACUUUCCCAGGAUCAGGCAUCCCUGGACAAAGAUUCCCGCACGUUGGAAAUCCUGGAAUGAACUACCCCGGAAGAUAUCCCACAAUAGGACAUGGUGGUUUUCCAGGACAAGGGGUCUUCCCCGGCCAACACUUUCCAGGACAACACUACCCAGGCAGCAACUUUCCUGGCAGGGGAUAUCCACCACAUAGAGGAUUACCAGGAUCAGUUUUCCCACCAGUAUUUCCCCGUAACGGUUUACCAGUAGGUGGACCAGGGUACAGGAACCCAAGCAUGAACCCUAAGCGUUAUCCAGGUGGGGGAAGAGGCUAUGGUGGACGAGGCUUGUACCCUGCAGCGGGAGGUCCUGGAUUCCAUGGCAGGCAUCUUGGAAAUAAUAUCGCCGAGGUGAAAGGCCGUAACUUCGGUAAAAAGAUCGGUAUGGGUUUUGGCGCCCUUAUGGCUGUUGUUGUAAUAGGAGCGUUAUGCGUUAUAGGAACCGUGGUUUCAGUUUUAAUAGCAUGUGCUCGAAAAAGACGUCGCAAUCAACUGAGAUAGAUAGAUAGACAUGGACACUUAACUGGCUUAGAAAUAUAAAGAGAUAUAUAACAUAUAACAAGAGCUGUACCGUAACAACUGGAAAUCGAUCAAAUGCAUGAAUGUCAUAAAUUCUUUGAACUUUUCAAGCAGUCAGUUCAACUUUUUCAGCCCCCAGUACAAGAACACUCCAUUCCCUUAUUUUUUUUAUUUUAUUGGACACGUGUGUGUGUUUCAUAAUGUCUAUCCGUAUUACGUGAAGACGUAGUGCUUUUUAUCAGGUUAUUUGCAUUAAAUCUGAACAACUCAAAUUUCUUCUUCCUUCAUCUUGAAAUAUCAAAAAUCCUGUAAACAUCCUUUAAUAAGCGUGUCUUUACCAGUAAGGCCAACUUUAAUUUAAAAAGUAAUAAUAAUAAUAAGUAGCUCACACUACUGUUAUAUAGAUCAUGUGAACUAAUGUUCCUUCAGUAGUGUAUGUUGAUAGGAUAUUACUGAGUAUAAUCUACCUCGAUCAUCAAGACAAAGAUCAUGAUCGAGAUAGAUUACAUGACAAAUAUAGUAUAAAUAUUGCUUGUGUAUAUUUUGUUUAUAGUUAUCCAUUCAAAUAAUCCAAUUAUCAUUAUUCUAGUAUGUAUUCAGUUAUGAUGUGGUGCAAUUGUGGGUUGUGGUUACAUGCAACUGUUACAAGAUGACAUGUACACAAUUCUGUCAUUUUGAUUUGUUGCUCAAUAACAGUUUCAAAAGUGGUUAUGAAAAUGAAUUGGUUGUUAUUUAAUGUUUGAACUUUAUAUUUUUUCAAACAUUAAAUAGUCUCAAGACGAUUUAAUUGUGUGCCCAGCCCAAAAGAUCCAGGCAUGAAUUUUCAUGUCAAGUUUCGAAAAGAAAAUCAAUUUCAUUUGCAAUUCACGUUUAAAAUUUAUGUUAUUGUUAAACGUAUAAGUAUUACACAGUGUGAGAUUAUUUCUUGGCCGGUUCAAGAAACUUAAAGCUAAUGUUUGGAAUAUGAAUAGAUAAAGAAAAUAUCUUUGCCGGUUCAAGGACGUUCUGAUGUAUUAUCAAGGAAAAUAAGAGCAAGAAAGAGGAAAAUCGUUGGUAUUAGUUGCUUUCUUGUUAAGAAAGGUUUUGUGGGGUUUUUUUUGGCCUAAUUGUUAAUGUCCAAGUUACAAGAGGCCAUUUUUGUCUAAGAAACACAUAAUUUUUGUUCUUAAUUUUAUACAGAUUGAUACGUCCGUGAAAGAACCCUAUUACUUGAAAGGUUAUACUUUUCAAAGAAUGAAAUGUAACAGUUACUUUUAUUAGUGGGUAUUGUUAAUGCAAGGUGCGGCACAACUGGGGUUAAUUGAUCCUAUCAUCCAUUUUCACUCGAUAAAUCAAUCAAAGUUUUUCCAUUGUAUAUUCAGUGAAGUAACCAUUAUGUGAGAUAUAUCUUAUCAGGUCAUGAUCUAAAUUAUUGUAAUAGGUUGAGCUGCAAUAUGUCAUCGAAAUAUGCAUAUAUAGAUGUGAAAAAACUAUGUGGUUUCACCAGCAGUUAGAAUCAUUUAUUUUGGCGAUGAACAGAUUUAUGCAAAACUGCUGUUUGCUUUCAGACAAUGCCAAUAUUUGUGGCAGAAUGAAAUUAGCAAGGGAUUAUUUCCAAAAGCGCAUCCUAAAUCAACUGUGAUUAAUGCAUUAAUUUUUUAUGAUCUGAUUCACUAUGCGCGUCUAUGGAAACAAUAUUCGUUGAAGACGUAUUUUCCAUUACUGUUUUCAUUCUUUGGCUGAACCCUUUUUCUUCAAAAGACGUGACUUUGAUAAGGCAAUAAAUGACAAUGUUUUUAUCUCUCAAAAAGUAACAUUUUAUAUAUUUGGACCAAUCGUGUUUUGUACAUAGCCUCAUCAAACAUAACGCCCUAAAGCAGUGCAAAUGUGUUCAGACAUGUCAUGUAGGAAUAUUGUGUGUUUAUCUUUUGCAGAAAGAUAUAUAUAUAUAUCAGUACGAUUUAGUCUCAGUAAAAAAAGUCUUGACAAAUGAACUUUAUCAUGAUGCUUAAAUAUAUUUUAUUUGUAGUUUAUAUAAAUACAUGUGUUUUUCUUCUUUUAUGUUUUCAUUGUAUAUAUAUAUAAAUUGUUCAUUCACAACAUGUACAUGUAUGUACAGAAGAAAAUUAAAGACUGCAUUUUUACCAAACGAAGAAAAAAAAAUAUCAUGUUCAAUUGGAGUGCAGAUUAUGUCAAAUA